AUGUUUCAUAGUCCCUCUUCUGAUUUGAAGAUGUCAAAUAAUAUAUGCAAGCAUAUCUCGGAGUUGAGUUUCACAGAUCUACCUGCUGAUAUAUUGAAUCAAGUUAUCUACUGGAUAGCACAUGGGCCCAAAGCCUUGGACGAAGAGACUCUCUGCAAUUUUCAAAGUUUCACUUUCUUGCUUAAUCAUAUUAGAUUGGGAAAGAAUAAUUAUGAUGACUUAAUCUCGUUAUCAUCUACUUGCUCAAUGCUAAGGAUACAUUUGGCACCACUUCUAUUUGAAGCUUUGAGCCUAGUGAGAGUUAAUCAAAUCGAUGCACUAUUAUUCAAUCCUAGGAUUUUAGAACAGUACUCCGAUAAGAAAAAAUAUCAUAGAGAAUUAAUAAAGGAAACACUUGAGUCAGGGUUUCGAGAAUGCUCCAAAUCUGAUCUUGCAAGGAAUAGUUUUAGAGUUGGAGUUAAUGGUGACUCUAAAUACAAAAGCAAAUAUCAAAGGCUUCUUAGUAUUAACAACUUUGUGAAAUAUCUUGAGUGUGACAAUUCUUUACUUACCAGUUCUGACUUUGGAUUAUUUAUGAAUAUUACGGCAUUAAAAGUUUUAGAUUUAGGAUACGAAGACUCGCAGAUCACAGCUAUAAGAGAGGCACCUAAUUUGAAGCAGCUUUCAAUAAAUAUCUUGACUUUAUCAAACUUGGCUCUGCUUUCUGACCUACUUUCAAAAUUGACAAGAUUAGAUAUUUUGAUUGAUUUUAAUGAGAUUCGCCCUAAUAGAGAGCUUCGGAUUAUCACAGAUGCCUUAGGUUCUUGCGAUUCUAAUUUGAAGCUGCUCAACCUUUUUUUCAAUGAUUCUGGAGUAAUAUCCUAUGACGAAACCCUUGGCUUUAUUGAAAUUGCAUCACGCUCAUGCUGCAAUUUGAAAUCCUUCAGCUUAAGAACUACGAGAUUAAAAGGCAAGAGUUCAGAGAGUGAACGAAAAUGGCAGCUUAGUGAGUCUUCUUUGAUCACAGAUACAGAGAGGUUAUUGAAAGCUCUUCGGGAGUUUCCUCGUCUCGAAUGCAUCACGAUUGAGAUGAAGAUACUUAGUCUGUUGACAUCACUAUGCAAACCUAUGAGCCUUGAUUUAAGCGCAAAAAGGAAUAAACUUAAGUUGCAAGUAAUUGAUCAGGCAUUAUCUUCUCCCAGGCUUUCUGAUAAUCUCAAACCUUUGAUGAGUAAUACAAUCAGUUUUCUUGAAGUUAGCGAAUUGUAUUUAUUAUAUGGAGAAGUAAUCGAACAGUCUCAUAUACAAGCACUUAAUCUCAUUGUGGAUUUCAUGGACUAUCUUUCAGUUUCGCAUGAUUUUACGUCGGGCUAUGAAGGCAUAAAAGCAAUAUCCUUAGAAAAGUGCUGGUCAGUUUCGGAUGAUUCAAUCCGAAGAGAUUACUAUCAUAAUUGUAUUAAGAAUUACACUAAUUCGAAACAUAGCUCUUCCGAGGCAAAGUCUAUCUGGGAAAAGAUGUCCGUCGCGUCUCCCUGUGGAGUGCUUCCAUUUAAUUCACCACGCUAUCGAAGGAGGGAAACAUAUAUUGUUACUUACACAAAUGCAGAACCACAUCCCUUAAAUACCGGUGUGCCUGGGAAUCGGGUAUUGCAUUCUGGUCUUGGUGCUCAGGGUCCAGGAGCGUACCAUAUGGCUAGCGUGGGAGCGUCUUCCUGCCACUCCAGCAUGGAUUCUUGUAUUUACUCUCACUUUUGGGACAUAGAGGCGUCGUUAACAGAAUUGGAGCAGUAUAGCAUUCAAAGAAGGCCCAGUAGGCUCUGGUGUUAA